AUGACAGCAAGCGUCGGCGAGCGCUCUCAAGAAUCCUCCCACGCAAUCGCUGUUGCACCUUUGUCCCGAUUUCAGGACAAAUCGGGUACAAUUGAAGAGGAGGAAGUGAAGGGUGUGGAUAUGAAGGACACAAAUGCGGCUCCAGAACUUCAGAUCGUUGAUAACAUCAAGAGGGACGAGUCUUCUUCAUCUCGAGAGCCAUCGCCAUUGCCACCGCCAUCGACUCCAGGUCUGAAUGUGCAGCAAAUCAGCAAUAAGUACUAUGUCAUCCCAGUGCAACCCAGUGCAGCCCAGAAAGCAAGACCGUACGCGCCAUGGAGCCAAGCGUCUGGCCUCUCGAAUGCUUCGGCGGUGAGCCAGGGCCAGGACCAAGGCCAACAAGGUAUCGUUUUGGUUAUGAUCCAACUCCGACAAAGGAAGGAAAACACCUUCAUCAUGAUGACCGUGCGCAGAACAGGAAGGAAGGUUCGACGGGUAACAAUGUAUCAUUGCCGCAUGCUUAUCUUGACACUGGGAGAGACUAAUACCAGCGACGCCAAGGGAUGCACGGAUGCUGGUGGAACUGGAAGCGAUAACAGCAGCGGUGAUAACACAGUCGUAAACAAUAACAACAAUAUCAACAUGAUACUAGCAAUCACAACAACACACUAG